AGCAGCGGGCCGGAGUUCCAAACUUUCGCGAGUUAAGUGAAAUGUAAACAAAGCCUUUCGUGUAUCGCCGCGGGUAGUUGCGAGUCCAUCUUCCGGAGGAUCAACUCGGCUUCCCGUAGAGUCCUCAAAGGAAAUAAAACUGGCCACGAUGACCACUGCUCCGCCAACAGCCGAGCGAGAGUUCGUCUGGUGCGCUACGUACGCCAAGCGAGAUUUUAAAGUACAGCGCGCGAUCCGCAUUCCCAACGAGCUUCCAUUGAAAGAGAUCGUCUUCCGAGUGAUGCAGGAAGAUAAGCUGCCCUGCUACGUCGAAGACGAUUUGACGAAGAGCCUGGGCGACUUCGUCUCUCGAGAGACCGAGCUCUUCUACGACGACGCAGCGACGGAAGCGAUCGAGAAGUUCCGCAAGGAAGGAGACGUCACGACGUUGGCGGAGCGUUGGGCUCGUGCAUAUAGGGAGGAACACCUGUGCUACGCGACCCCCGAAGAGGAGACGCCGGAGAGCAAGUUCCCCACGAUGUACCACACGCUCAUACACUCACCAGCGCUGGACACCAUGCUCAACCUGGAGCACAGCUACGCACUGGCCGUUGGCGACAUGGUGCGAGAACGCAAUCAAACCCUGAGCCACUUGCAGAAGAGGCAAACGCAAGAAAUGGAACGCUGCGUGCAACAAGUUGGGCUUGGCCUCACUGACCGUGACAUUAAUGACAUCGCGGCAAGGCACUUUGAAGAAACUCAAAGAGUAUCUGACCAGUGGGACAGCCGCAUAGACUCUCUGAAGCAGACCCAGAAGAAGGAGUUCCACGAGUGGGUCCGCACCGUCUACGAGGACUAUAUCGUUUCUAAGGGUGGUCGUGGGUUCGGGGAACGCAUGCGAGCAGCGUCGAAGUCGUUGGCGGGGCACGACGUGCAGAACUGGACGCCACCUCCUCCCCGUCCCUCUGAGAGUUUCACCAUUCACUUGGGCUCUCAGCUGAAGGUGAUGCACAACCUCAGACUGCUGUCGGCAAACAUCCUCGACCUCUGCCGGCACAUCACGUACGGCAUGGGUGUUCCAGCACCUCAGAGGUUGCAGAUGGCCAUGUCGCUAUACUCCAACAGCCUGUCCGGCAUUGUCCUGCUUGUUGACAACCGGAUCAACUCUUACGUCGGCAUCAAGAGAGAAUUUGCAGCCAUUUGCCACGAAUCGACGGAGCUGCACUUUCCGGACUUGGACGAACAGCUGGAGACCAUUCGAGCCAAGGCCCGCGAGGCGAGCGAGGUCCGGGCUGCAGCCAGUCUGUCCGGGUCGGACGGCAGUUCCAGCCAUUCCAGCCGUCGUUCUAGCUUUUCAGGACAGGACACAUCAGGUUCAGGCCCGAGCCCGACGUUGCAGACGGGUGAUUUCUACGUCACGCGCCAUUCGAACCUGUCCGAGGCACAUGUUGUGUUCCACGUCGUCAGCGAUGACUCGUUACGGCUGCCGGACAUCAGCUCGCGGCACCCCAUCAUCCUGGGGUUGCGCAACGUGCUCCGGGUGGCACACGAGCGUGACAUCUGCAACGUGACUCUGCCAUUGCUGCUCGUCCAUGAACUGUCUGAAGAAAUGACGAUCCCUUGGUGCUUGAAGCGGGCCGAGCUGGUGUUCAAGUGCAUAAAGGGCUUCAUGAUUGAGAUGGCUUCGCUGGUUGGUGAAGAAACGCGGACAGUCCAGUUCCUCGUACCUCAGGGCAUUUCGGAAGACCUCUUUGCCAGCCUUUCCGGAAUGCUGUCCACAAUCUUCCGAGUAUCCAACCCGCUCGUUCUCAAGUGACGCAUUUCGGCGACGUAUGCGUGCCUCGAAGAUCACGAGAGAAAG